GGCCAAUGUCCGUGUGCAAAGUGUGUGGAAACCCUGCAAAACUCAAGUGUCCUACUUGCAUCAAGAAGGGUUUGCCUGAUGCUCACUUUUGCUCUCAGGAUUGCUUCAAACUAAAUUGGACUUUGCAUAAAGCUGUCCACUCAACUGCCACCAAUACUGGUCCGUUCAACCCUUGGCCGAAUCACAAAUAUACUGGAUCAUUGCGUCCAGUUUAUCCCAUCUCCCCAAAACGAUUUGUUCCAGAACAUAUUCAACGUCCAGAUUAUGCUGAUGAUCUCAAAGGAUAUCCAUACAGUGAGAUGAGCACGCGUGGAAGCACAACAAUUCAGAUCCUUAAACCUGACGAGAUUGAAAAGAUGAGGAUUGUAUGCAAGCUGGGUCGAGAAAUUUUAGAGGAGGGAAAAAAGGCAGUCAAGGUUGGUGUUACUACCGAUGAGAUUGAUCGUGUCAUUCAUGAAGCAUGCAUGGAGAGAGACGUGUAUCCAUCGCCAUUGAACUACUACAACUUUCCCAAAUCAGUCUGCACUUCUGUCAACGAAGUCAUUUGCCACGGCAUCCCUGACAAAUAUGAGCUUCAAGAUGGCGAUAUUGUUAAUUUGGAUGUGACUGCGUACAAGCAUGGCUUUCACGGUGAUUUGAAUGACACCGUUUUAGUAGGAAACGUAGAUUCUCAAGGUCGAAAGCUUGUAGCCAGCGCUCGAAAGUGUUUGGACGAGGCAAUCAAAAUGGUUCGACCUGGCACACUCUAUCGCGAUUUGGGAAACACAAUCCAAAAAAUUGCUACUGAAGAUGGGUUUUCUGUUGUUCGAACAUACUGUGGACACGGAAUCAAUCAACUCUUUCAUUGCGCUCCAAGCAUUCCUCAUUAUGCACGAAACAAGGCUGUUGGAAGUAUGAAACCUGGACACACAUUUACUAUCGAACCCAUGAUUUCGGAAGGUGUUUGGCAGGACGAUCAAUGGCCUGAUGGAUGGACUGCUGUAACAAGAGAUGGAAAACGAUCAGCACAAUUUGAGGAGUCUUUGCUAGUUACGGAAACUGGUGUAGAAAUCUUGACAGGGAAAUUAUAAUGUUGGAUUACUUUCUAUCAGUAACUGAUUUAGGAAUUAAAUAAACUAUAAUUGCUUUGGUAUCGACU